UUAUGGAUUCCUUUACCUUUUGGAGUGGGCCGGAGGCCCGAGAAUCCGAGGACAAUUCAAAAAAUUUACUACUCAUAAAAACCCCGCCUCUCUCCACAUUCAAAUUGAAAUGGUAACAUGAAACAAAUUCACCGUUCAUUUUUCAGUUUCAGACAAAUCUUCACAGAGAAAUCGGCAAAAUGGAACCGAAAAAACAAUCACAGCCUUCAUGCUCAUCAUCCUCCUUCCAGAACCUUCCAUUUUCUUCAUCAUCUUCUCUUCUCAAAGACAUCUCCAAUUCCAAUUUCAAAACUCCAAAAAAUCAUUCACGAAAAGCAAAUUUCAUUUCUUCUUCUCCUUCUCCGUAUCGCCAGCCCGAAUUCUUCACCGCCUCGAAAACCACACCUGUCUCCUCCGUCAGUCGCCGCCGUGGAGGAAGCAUAAUAAAGCCAUCUGCAGUGAAGUCGAGUGCUGCUCGAAGAUUAAAGGCGUUCGAGCUCGAACAAUCCAAAUCAGCACGGAAAGCGUUGAAUGAUAAAGAGAGAUCACUGAAAUCGCUUGCAAAGUCGCUAACUGUGUGGCUUAAUUUCCUGUUCGAAAAUCCUAGCUAUUGUGGCUGUGAAGUGUCCAAUAGGUCUUCGUGCGUUAAGAGAAAUGGGAAGAGGGAGAGUGGGGAAGGGCACAGUGUUGGAGUUGAGGUGAUGUGGCGAGGGCCGAAAAGGCAGAGGCAAUUUUCGUCGAAUUCUGAAGAUGAAGAAACGAUAGCUUUUUCAGGUUCUAUGUUUUCGGGACUUAAGGGUUCGUUAAUGGAGAUUUGCAGCUUUGAUGAUUUGAAGGAGAGGAUGAGUGCUUACCUGAGCUUGGGGAGCUGUAAAGAGGUUUUUGUUACUAUGACUCAAGUAACAAAGACCAUUGAUGAAGGACGGCUGAAAAUGAGAGCUCAUUGUCCGAUGGUAACUGAUGUUGGAAUGAAGGAGAAAGCCUUGAGAAUCCUUAUGUGUUAUAACCCCACUUGGCUUCGGAUUGGAUUGUACAUACUCUUAGGGGGUGACACCUUGUUACCGAAUGGAGAUGUCAAUUCUGAACAAGAAAUUGCUUUCUUGAAGAUGGUGCUUGAGAAACAGUUUUUCUCACAUGUUGGUCUAGCAAAGACCUAUGCUUAUAACAAGUUAGUGGAGGGUCUAUAUAGACCUGGUUACUAUGAAAAGUUAGGCAACAUUGUCCUGAAGAGAUUUUUGCUGCUUGUUCUCAUACUAGAUAGAGUCAAGACUCAGAGUAGUCUGCCACUUAAAUAUGGUAUUGAUGGACUAGAUGGAGGAUCACCUCUACUUUUCUCUUUGCAAUCAGAUGUUAAAUCUAGCCAUCAACUGAUCAACAAGUUCUUGUCAUCGGAUGUGAUGCAUGGUGAAGGUAAUCUACUUACGCAUCUCGUCAUCGUAGGCUAUAAAGUGACAUAUCAACAGAAUCCUUUGCUCGAGUAUCAAUUUGGUGUGGCUGAUUUAUUUGAAGACCUUGAAGAUGGCAUUCGACUUUGCAGAGUCAUUCAGCUCUUGCGACAUGAUCCUUCUAUCCUCUCGAAAAUGGUAGUGCCCUCAGAUACUCGCAAGAAGAGUCUGGCGAACUGUGGCACUGUUCUACAAUUUCUCAAGGAGGCAGGCGUGCCAUUGUGUGAUCAAGAUGGAACAAUUAUUAUGGCAGAAGACAUAGUUGACGGAGACAAGGAGCUCACCAUUUCAUUGCUCUGGAACAUGUUUGUGCACUUGCAGUUGCCACUUCUAAUGAACAAAGAGCUUUUGUCCAAGGAGAUUUUUAAAAUCCGAGGAGUUAUUGAGCAAAACUCAAACGGCUGCACUCACUUGGACCUGCUCCUGAAUUGGAUCCAGGCAAUUUGUGGAAGUUACGAUCUCAAGGUCGAAAAUUUUUCAUCAUUGGUUGAUGGAAAAGCUAUGUGGUGCUUGCUUGAUUAUUAUUUCCGCAAGGACCACCGCUGUUCCUGCUCUUAUCAGGCACUCAGUGAAACAAAAGAAGAAGUUUCCAUAGUAUCUGCAGUUGAUUACACAGAUGCAGUGCACAAUUUUAUUCUAUCUCAAAAGCUGCCAUUGCUAUUGGGGAAGUUUCCAGAGGUUCUACAAGUCAGUGAUAUACUGGAAACAAACGGUGCAUGCAAUGGUCAGAGUGUCAUUAUUCUCUUGGUAUUUCUCUCGUUUCAACUACUAGUCAAAAGAAACAAGGAUCAAUUAAAUUUCCACAAGUUAUUGGGAUUUAAUUGUCAAAGUCCUGAAAGGAGACGGCUAAGCACAGACCAGUGGUUUAUGCAUCCUGAAGCAGCUGUAGAUAAAGAACAAACGCAUUGGAAGGAUGGUGCAGAUGCUGCCAGAAAUUUUAAGGCUGUAAUGGCUUGGUGGAAAGAGAUGGCUCAACAAAAUAACAAAUGCACUUCUAAGGAAAGUUCUAGCAGUCCAAAACAGUCUUUCAUUUUUAGAAGGAGCAAUGAUACUCAUAAAGAAAAUGCUGCAAAAAUAAUACAGUCACAUUUCAGACAGUCAGUGCAGCGACGCAAGUAUUUGAGGAUGAAGAAUGCGGUUUGUGUCUUGCAAGCUGCAAUACAAGCAUGGCUGAGGCUAAAGAAGGAACCAUCAAUUCAGUUCUUUGGUUCUCGGGCAUAUUUGGAAUCACUAUGCGGAACAGGUAUAAGGAGCCGUUCAGAAAAUUUGGAAAAACAUGCAGCCUUUGUGACUGAUAGACAUGCUUUUCUUAAGUUGAGAAGAUCAGUAAUAAUCAUCCAGCGUGCCGCAAAAGACUGCAUUUCUCGAAAACAUGUGACUGGAAACGCAUUGCCGCAAGAUCUGUCCACUCCAACUUUCAUUGAUGCAGCCAUUGUCAUACAAAAGUGUAUUCGUGGGUGGAUAGCAAGGUCUUCUCUUGUAAACACACAACAAUCUCCCGAAGUUCCUAAAGAACGUGAAGAUUAUAUUCAGCAUAUAAAUGCUGAGGUAACAGUCCAACGUGCUUCAAAUGAAUAUAAAUUAAGCAGCUCUGUACCCAGUCAACACCUUGCAGCAACUAAAAUUCAAAGUCACUAUCGUGGAUGGUUAAUGAGAAAGAAUUUUGUGUAUCAGAAGCAAGCAGCAAUAAAAAUACAGAGCAUUUUCCGAUCUGCAAGAUGCUUGAGGGAGUUUCAUUCAUACAAACAGGAAACUCUGUCAGUGAUUACAAUCCAGGCUUAUAUCCGCAAAUGGAUGGCUAAAAGAGACUUUUAUAGGCAUAAAUCUCAAAUUAUUUUGAUUCAGAGCCAUUGUCGUGGCUGGUUGACAAGGAAAAAGCUGCUCAUUGAAAAAGAGGCUGCUAUAAGGAUUCAAACUGUAGUUCGAAGCCUGAAAUACCGGAAAACAUUCCUUCGUCAAAAGCAUGCCACUUUGGAAAUACAACGGUUUGCAAUAGGAGCCAUUACUAGAAAGAGGCUUCUAGGGGCCUCUUGCUACCGUAAUGUCUCAAAAUUGGGUUACCAAACUCUUGAACUUAAAAUACUACUGCAAGCUGUAGUAAAGUUGCAAAGGUGGUGGAGGGGUAAAUUGCUUCAUGAACAGAGAACAAAAGCAGCAGUUGUCAUCCAAUCGCAUGUCCUAGGAUGGAUUGCCCGGCAAAGUGUUUCAAGAAAUAAGGAACGAUUACUGCAAGCAGUAAUAAAGUUGCAAAGGUGGUGGAGAGGUAAAUUGCUUCAUGAACAGAGAACAAAAGCAGCAGUUGUCAUCCAAUCGCAUGUCCAAGGAUGGAUAGCCCGAAAAAGUGCUUCAAGAAAGAAGCAUCAAAUACUACUAGCUGUAGUAAAGUUGCAAAGGUGGUGGAGAGGUAAAUUGCUUCAUGAAAAGAGAACAAAAGUAGCAGUUGUCAUCCAAUCGCAUGUCCAGGGAUGGAUAGCCCGGAAAAGUGCUUCAAGAAAGAAGCACCUGAUACUACUAGCAGUAUUAAAGUUGCAAAGGUGGUGGAGAGGUAAAUUGCUUCAUAAACAGAGAACAAAAGCAGCAGUUGUCAUCCAAUCACAUGUCCGAGGAUGGAUAGCCCGACAAAGUCCUUCAAGAAAGGAGCAUCUGAUACUGCUAGCAGUGUUAAAGUUGCAAAGGUGGUGGAGAGGUAAAUUACUUCAUAAACAGAGAACAAAAUCAGCAGUUGUCAUCCAAUCGCAUGUCCGAGGAUGGAUAGCCCGGCAAAGUGUUUCAAGAAACAAGCAUCGAAUUGUUGUGAUCCAAGCAUACAUGAAAGGAUACCUUGCAAGAAAAGAUUUAAGAGGGCAGCUUCUUGAUUUGCGUCUGAGAGUACAAAAAUCUGCUGCAAAUGUUGAUGAUGGUAUGCGCAUAAUAAACAGACUUGUUGCAGCACUGUCAGAACUUCUGAAUAUGAGAAGUGUCAGCGACAUUCUUCAUAUCUGUGCAACUCUGAAUAUGGCAACACAACAUUCACAAAGAUGUUGUGAAGAACUUGUCGCUGCGGGUGCUGUUGGUACAUUGUUUAAGCUGAUCCGCUCUCUCAGCCGGAGCAUACCUGAUCAAGAAGUUCUUAAACCUGCUCUCUCCACUCUUAGAAACCUUUCCCGAUAUCCACACUUGAUUGAUGUACUAAUUGAAAGCUGUGGAUCACUGGAAACAAUCGUGUCCGCGUUUUUAAGAAACAAAGAAGAAGGAUAUUUCAUUGCUUCCGACCUUUUGAAGAAGAUAUUCACAGAGAAAAAAGGUGUUGAAGCUGUGCGCAAGUCGCCUGCUCUUUUGAAGAGACUACACAAUCAUGUGGAAGAGCUUUCAAGGAAAGCAAAAGCUGACAAGAGGACUAAACCUCAUGCAGUGAAAGAGCUGGCGCUGGUGGACAAAAGAUUGAGAGAAGCUGUUGGGAUAUUGGAGUUGAUUAAAGUUCCCAUGGGAAAUCCAACUAGACGACUCUCUAUGAAGGUGUAAGAAUUUUCUUACUAGUUGGAUAGGAUUCCUUAGUACUUGAUACUGUUAUACAUGCAGUUUGUACAUCAAGUUUAGCAAGAAGAAACCCUCCUUGCAGUUCAAUUUAUGAAUAGUGAAGAUAGCUUCACUUUAUCUUAACUUCCCAUUAUCUAACACAAUCAUUCAUCUGACUCGUAGUUAGUCCAUUAGGGCCUCUAGGUGAUUGUCUGAGAGUAGCUUUUAGUAUUAGGAUUGUUGUGUCUAGACAGAUUAGUAGUACAUUAUUUUUCCAGUAACUAGUUCCACUCAUUUUGAAUAGUUAUACGUUAUCUUUUA